CGGUAUCAUUGUAAGGUUGCCGCUGAGCUCAUCACUUCCGCAAGACAUCAACUUCCCGAAGGCUCCGCAGGGCUUGUUCGGUCGAAAAAAAAAUAACGCAGAAGAGGGCAGAUGAGACCCCCUCAAGUCCAAAUAGACUUUGGUACACCGCCCGGAACGCCUCCACGCACGUCUUCUGAAUUUGAAGAAAUUCCAUACCCUGUCACGCACCCAUCUUACUCUAAAACCGCUCAGAGCUACAAAUACGAGGAAUCAUUGCCACUACACCACAUGAACGAGGAUACAUCGACAAGGCGGAGGGUGGCUAGAGGACCCGGAAGCAGCGGCGGGUUUAUGAGCGGUGACGAGCAUGAAAGUGAAAUGCACUACGACGACAACGGAAAGGAUGUGUACUCAAAACUAAGUCCUGCCAAAAGCCGUGUCAGUAGCGGGCGUGCCCACAGGCCUCCUCCACCACCUCCAACUUCGAUAAGUGAAUUUAUAUCUCAGAACCUAGAGCACCUCCCACCUGUCAUCUACACUCUGCUCUCGUGUUGGACUCGCUUCCAUAAAAUAGGCCACGCCAACCUUGUUGUUUGGGACGAAGCGCACUUUGGCAAGUUCGGGUCGCAUUACCUCAAACGCGAGUUUUACUUCGAUGUCCACCCUCCGCUCGGGAAGAUGCUCGUUGGCCUUGCGGGUUUACUGUCGGGUUACAAUGGACACUUUGAAUUUAAAAGCGGAGUGGUGUACGACGAAAAUGUCCCGUACGUGGCCAUGCGGGUCAUGAUGGCGACAUUCGGUGUGGCCUUGGUUCCGUUAGGGUGGUAUACUGCAAUUGAGUUGGGAAUGAGCUCAUGGUCUUGUCAUCUGGUUGCGCUUAUGGUUCUGUGCGAUGUCGCCUGGUUGGCUAUAUCGCGGUUCAUUCUAUUGGAUUCCAUGCUCCUGUUCUUCACUUUCACGACGGUCUUUUUGCUCACCAAAUUUCACAACCAACAAUAUCAGCCAUUCUCUUUCGAUUGGUGGAUGUGGCUUGCAUUUACAGGUAUUUCCAUCGGCUGUGUGACCAGUGUGAAAUGGAUUGGAUUAUUCGUGACUGCUGUGGUUGGCUUGUAUACCAUCGAGGAUCUCUGGGAGAAAUUUGGCGAUCUUCGCAUGACCAAUCGAGAUCAAAUUCGACACUGGGCAGCUCGUGUGCUUUGCUUAAUCAUCCUCCCGAUCCUGGUAUAUAUGUUGUCCUUCAAGUUGCAUUUCCUCAUUCUAAACCAUUCGGGUCCUGGUGACUCUACGAUGAGCUCGCUAUUCCAAGCCAAUCUGGUCGGCAACGAUUUUGGCAAGAACCCACGUGAAAUUGCAUUUGGUUCAAAAGUUACCUUGAAAGGCAUGGGCUGGGGCGGCGGUCUCUUGCAUUCUCACGUUCAAACAUAUCCAAUUGGCUCAGGCCAGCAGCAGGUUACCUGCUAUCACUACAAAGAUGAUAACAACCAUUGGACUAUCCUUCCAACUUGGGAAGCGCCUGAAUACAAUCCAAACGGCGAGUUACAGUUCCUGCAGGAUGGCGACGUCAUCCGCUUGCAGCAUGUACCGACAACGCGACACUUACACUCGCACGAAGUGGCAGCACCCGUGACGAAGCUUAACAACGAAGUCUCUGGCUAUGGUAACUCGACCGUUGGAGAUUUUCAGGACUAUUGGGUCGUUGAGGUCGUCGAUGAUAUCAAGCAGGGCCACAAGGAGCACGUGACAAGAAUUCAUUCACUCACCACAAGGUUGAGGUUCAAACACCAGGCUCUAGGAUGCUACCUGUAUGCUGCGAAUGCAAUCCUACCUCAGUGGGGCUUUAAGCAGCUAGAGGUCAGCUGCAUCAAGGAGAACAACCCAGAAGACACACACACAUACUGGAACGUGGAGAGCCACUGGAACGACCGAUUGCCUUCUGGUGAUGCGAAAUUUUACAAGUCCUCAUUCCUCCGUGAUUUCUGGCAUCUCAAUGUGGCCAUGAUGACUUCGAACAAUGCACUUAUCCCCGAUCCAGACAAGGAAGAUAUCCUUGCGUCAAGUCCCACUGACUGGCCCUGGAUGCGACUAGGCCUCAGGAUGUGUGGCUGGGGCGAUGAUCAAACAAAGUACUACCUACUUGGCACACCUGUGAUCUGGUGGGGUGGUACAGUCAGCCUGAUACUUUCUGUUAUUGUCCUUGGCGUAUACCUAUUCCGCCACCAACGCAAGUAUGUUGAUAUGACUCCUCAACAAUGGGAUCAUUUCUUGUAUGUUGGAAAGAUUGCUGGUUAUGGGUGGUUCCUGCAUUACUUCCCGUUCUUUAUCAUGGGCCGUGUCACAUAUGUUCAUCACUAUCUUCCCACUCUUUACUUUUCUGUUCUCAUGCUCGCUCACCUUCUUGACCACUUUAUUUUCUCAGCACGCUGGAAGGACAGCACAAAGCGUGUUGCUUUUGGUAUUUGCGCAUUCCUGAUCGUUGGAAACUUCUGGUGGUUCAGGGGAAUGGCCUGGGGUAUCGAUGGACCAAUCAAUGACUAUUGGGGCCUCCUGUGGCGCAAAACUUGGAAUAUCUAUAAUGCAUAGAUUCGUUCUCAGGCGGACUCUGUAUAUCGACAGUGCCUGCCUACUACCUAGUGAGGGGCUUGAUGGGUUUGUUAAUAUGUGCAAUACAACAUCUCAAUUUCGCUAGUUUCACUCAUGAAGUAUUAAAGCUCGGUGGCUGUCGAUGAUACUGCGUUCAAUCGCAUUGAUGACUUUGGGCAGAUGCUUGCUAUGGAACUCCGUCGAUCGCAUGAUCGAAGUCUCCCUAGGCGGGCUCCAGGUG